UCUGUUUGCACCCAUCUAGCAUCAGUUCUGUUUUCUGGCUUGUUAUCAGAAAAACAUAUCUCCCAGGAGGAAACAAAGCAACUGGGCACUUCUUUACCUUAAGGAAAAGGAGCAACGUCCAUCGGCCUCUAUCAGAAGAAGAAAUGAGCAACACCACUCUGGAAAAUUCAGGCUUUAAUAACUCUAUGGGGGAUGCAUAUUAUGAUGAUGACGACCCAAUCUAUAACCUGGAAAGAGCAAUGCACAUUAUCUCCAUGGUGAUCUACAGCCUUGCGUUUGUGCUGGGGGUCCUUGGCAACGGGCUGGUCAUCUUCGUCACCGGCUUCCGAAUGAAGAAGACGGUCAACACGGUCUGGUUUCUCAACUUGGCCAUUGCGGACUUCGCCUUCACUUUCUUCCUUCCCCUGAGCGUCGCUUAUUUAGCCCUGAGGUUCCACUGGCCCUUUGGCGGGUUCUUGUGCAAAGUCAACAGCACCCUGGCCUUCGUCAACCUCUAUGCCAGUGUUUAUCUCCUCAUGGUCAUCAGCAUUGACCGUUGCAUUUCUGUCUGGUAUCCCGUCUGGGCUCAGAAUCACCGAACACCUCGGUUGGCUUCUUUUGUAGCUUUGGGUGUGUGGAUCCUGGCCUUGGUGUUGUCUUCUCCAAUGAUGUAUUUCAGGCAAACAGCAUCAUUCGAAGGAUUCGAGGACCAUAUUAACUGCUACACCAAUUAUGGGAACCCAGAGAUUCGAAGAAUCAGACAUCAUGCAAUUAUCAUCACCCGGUUUGUCUUUGCCUUCGUCAUUCCCUUCACUGUCAUUCUUGUCUGCUACGGGGCGAUUGUCUUGAAACUGAGACGCAAUCAAUUGUCUCAAUCUAACAAACCCUUUCAGGUCAUCACUGCAGUGAUUGUUGCUUUUUUUGUCUGCUGGUUCCCUUAUCACCUUUUUACUUUCUUUGAGUUAAAAGGACAUUCAGAGGUGCUGAGGAUCGGUGUUCCCUUGGUAACAAGCUUGGCUUUCGUCAAUAGCUGCCUCAACCCCAUUUUAUACGUCUUCAUGGGCCAGGAUUUCAAAAAGAGGCUGAGACAGUCUCUCUUUUCUGUAUUUGAGAAUGCCUUUACUGAAGAGAACAGCCAGACUGUAUCAACUGUUAAGACUAAAUCUUCAGUGGAGACCCUGUCCCAGAUGCUCUGAGUCCUGCUGAGAUCUUGGUUCUCAAAAACCCUCCCCAUGCUCUUCUGAAUCUGCUUUGCAUGGCUCAAUUGCCCCAUCAGCUGAAGAGGUUCCUUGCUUUGAGGUUUCAUUAUCUGAGGAACUUCUGAAGAACCCAUCAAAAAGACCUUGACUAUGUGGCUCAGGGGCUAGGACGUUGUGGCUCAGGGGCUAGGACGUUGAGCUUGUCGAUUGAAAGGUCGGCAGUUCAGUGGUUGGAAUCCCUAGUGCUGCCAUGUAACUGGGUGAGCUCCCAUUACUUGUCCCAGCUUCUGCCAACCUAGUAGUUCGAAAGCAUGUAAAAAAGUAGAAAAAAUAGGGACCACCUUUGGUGGGAAGGUAACAGCAUUCCGUGCGCCUUUGGCAUUGAGUCAUGGCGGCCACGUGACCACGGAGACGUCUUUGGACAGCUCUGGCUCUUCGGCUUUGAAACGGAGAUGAGCACUGCCCCCUAGAGUCGGCAACGACUAGCACGUAUGUGCGAGGGGAACCUUUACCUUUAUGUGUCAGAUUGGUCUAACAAGUGGCAACUUCAAAUCUCAAUCAACAAAUGCUCUGUCUUGCACAUUGGCAAAAAAAUAAUAAUCAAAACAUAAGAUACAAAUUAGAUGGACAUGACCUUAUAGAUGACCCUCACUCUGUCAAGGACCUUGGAGUACUCAAUUCUAAAGAUCUAAGUGCCAGAGUCCACUGUAACAAUAUUGUCAAAAAGGCACUAAGAGUUGUUAACCUAAUCUUGAGUAGCUUCUUCUCUGGUAAUAUUGUACUACUAACUAGAGCAUACAAAACAUUUGCUAGACCAAUUCUUGAAUACAGCUCAUCUGUCUGGAACCCGCACUGCAUAUCGGACAUAAAUACAAUCGAGAGAGUCCAGAGAUAUUUCACAAGAAGAGUCCUCCACUCCUCUGCUCAGAAUAAAAUACCUUAUGCCACCAAACUCCAAAUUUUGGGCUUAGACAACUUAGAACUACGCCGACUUCAAUCUGACCUAAGCAUAGUACAUAAAAUUAUCUACCACAAUGUCCUACCUGUAGUCAAUGACUACUUCAGCUUCAACCACAACAAUACACGAGCAAAUAAUAGAUACAAACUCAAGGUUUGUAUCGCUCCAAACUUGAUUGCAGAAAAUUAUGACUUCAGUAACAGAGUGGUCAAUGCCUGGACUGCACUCCCUAACUCUGUAGUUUCUUCCCCAAACCCCCAAAAGUUUAAGGUUAAACUGUCUACUGUUGACCUCGCCCCAUUCCUAAGAGGUCUGUAAGGGGCAUGCAUAAGAGUCCCUGCGUGCCUACCGUCCCUGUCCUAAUAUUCCUUUUUUAUUUACUCUUUUCAUGUAUCCAAAUUAUGUUUAUACUUUUACCUGUUAUCUUAUAUAUGAUUGACAAAUAAAUAAAUAAUAAUAUAUAAAAA